CAGUGGCAGAGCUAACAGGUCUCGUCGAAUGGAAAUGUUCGAAUUCGUUACGGUUGGGUUGGCCCUGGUGGCAGUUUCCUGCGCUUACGAGCAACAUGGAUUCGUCAGCGAGGUGAAACAUAUCCCGUACAAGUGGUACGGUGGUAUUCAAGGCGGAAUCGGAGGCGGAUUGGGAUACGGUGGUAUUCAGGGAGGAUAUGGCGGUGGAAUUGGCUUGGGCGGCGGACUGGAAGGAGGCUGGAAGCAAGGUGGUGAGGACUACUACUCAUAUCCGAAGUACAAGUUCGCAUAUGGAGUGAAGGACUACAAAACGGGUGAUCACAAGAGCCAGUGGGAAACGCGUGAUGGAGAUGUCGUGAAGGGCGAGUACACCCUGGAUGAGGCUGACGGAACCAAACGUAUCGUUGAAUACUACGCCGAUGGCAAGAACGGUUUCGAAGCUAAGGUCAAGAACAUUGGACACGCCAUCCAUGAAGGUGGAUUGGGUGGUGGACAGGAGCUGGGAGGAUAUGGCGGUGGCUACCACGGAUUGGGCUACAGCUACAGUAAGCUAAACAAGUACAACUGAGCUUGGAUUGGCUAGAUUUUGACUGAUAGAAAUGUGAUACGCUAAUUUGAUACAAAUAUACUA